AUGGCCAGCAGCGUAAGCCCAGUAUCAGCUCCCGAGUCUAGGGACCAGUCCGGGGAGGAGCGAAGAGAGUCUAUCGAUGUGUCGCCGCGACUUGAGCAUUUAGGUACACUCUUGGUGCAUCUACCCGACUAUGGCAUAGUUAUCUGCAAGCUGUGCAAGUUUGCCGUUCAACCCAAGGCCCUCACGAGUCACCUCCUGCGGCAUCACAUAUACCGAGAGAAGCGUCGGUUAUUAUUGGAACGUGUUGCUGGACUGACAUUAUUAGAGCCUGAUGAUGUUUCUACUCCAUUGUCAAAGGACUCGCCGCUCCCUUAUUUGCCGGUGACCAGUGGCUAUCGGUGCAAUCUGCCCCAUUGUGGACAUCUCUGCAUCUCGGAGAAACGGAUGAGCUCCCACAUGCGAUCGAAUCAUGAGACGAGCGCGAUGGGUCUCGUCGGUGGCCACCACCAGAGAGUGUACCUACAGACCUUCUUCAAGGGCAAUAAAGUCCGCUACUUUGAGGUCGACCCUAGUGUGUCACGAGAGACAGAUAAAGCAAGUACGCAGCCGCUUGAGUACCGCUUUCUACACUUGUCGCAAUCAAAUAUGGAACGGGUGCUGCCGACUGUAGAAUCCAUCAACUACAGCCCUGAAGGCUUGGAAGCCGCCACCGUGACCCAGCACCAGCUAGAGGACCUCAUGUAUUUCCAUCAGUACAUGACCUGUACGGGACUAUCACUAAUACGAGGCACCGAACCGACGGAAUUCUGGACACAUGACUUACCUCUCGAAGCUGCGACCCAGCCAUUUCUCAUGCAUGGCAUCCUCGGUGUUGCAGCUUUCCACCAAGCACUACUCGCAUCUGAUGGCCUCGCUCGUACUCGACAUCACGCUUCAGGCUUGCGGCAUCAGUCGAUUGGACUGGCCACUUUCCGAAGCAUUAUCGACCACCCAACCAGACAGUCAAGCACUGCACUCACAACCUUCGCUCGGUUACUCGGAGUUCAGUUCUGUGCAGAGACUCUGGUGGAGGCAGACAGGUUCAACGCCGGGAGUAUGGAUGCUACUGAGUCGAGAGUUUCUACCGUUGUGGAAAUGCUGCUUAUGCUGAAAGGUGGCACUGAGCUGCUUCUGAGGAUGCAAAGCCUUCUGCCUGUUGGUUCAGCGCUCUUUCUCUCCGGUGAGGCUUUCCAAGGACUUGCUCAACGCGAAAUGCCUCCGGAUGCACUUCUCAACUCCACUCCAUAUCUCGUAAACGAGGUUUGCUCUCGGAUGAUCCCUGGUACUCCUUCUCACGCUCCGGGCGAGGCUUUCCGGGCAAGUGAUUUGGGUGAUGUUAAGCAUCUUGUCGACUUGUGUGUGUCGGUCUUAGAUGUUCCAGAUACACAGCAAGUUACACCAGGCUGGAUUGAGACUGUCAUCCCGGAUUCAUUCCAAAUUACGAACGACAUUCAUCUCCUCGCCAGAAUUAUCAAUGAAUCGCGUGGUCCAGCAAGCGCCUCACACGACAAGGACCAAUUUGAAUCUCAGACGCCACCGUGCUCAGUACUGCUGUGCUACCCAUAUAUUCCACCAGUCGUAUACAGGCAUCUUGCAUCACUUCCAGCAAAACUUUUCGCGAGGGUGUCGAAGCCCACUCACUCAAAUCUUGCAGCCUUCAACAACGCUCUUGCAGCUCUAGUCUCAAGUUAUGCACGAAGUUAUGUCGCAGACACCACAUGGGCGCGGUGGAAUGGAAUCGAGAGUUGGCCGAUGAUGCUGUCGGACCAGUUCUUCAAAAUGAUUGAAGUGAGCGACCCCUCGGCCUUGGUCCUAGUUGCGCACUGGCUUGUGCUGCUAUCUAAGCAGGAAGCAUCAUACUGGUUCGUCCAUGGCCAGUCACAAUGGUUACUGAGCCUUGUUCUGACCAAUUUGGACGCCGAAUUACAGCAGUUUGUAAGAAGCUCUUUCUACUCAUUGACUUCGGAUGGGCAAAAGUCCAUCAAUUGA